GGGAGGGGUCGAUGAGGGUGGCGGAAGGAGGGAGCUAAGCAGCAGUAUAUAAACCUGAGAGUGGCAGGCAGCUACUAGUGUUCUCCUGUAGUUCCUCACUCAAGACCGCCAAGAUGUCUGACGCCGACUUGCCCGAUAUUGACCCCGAGCAGAUGACAGUGCUCAAGAGGGCGUUCGACAGUUUCGACUCCGAGAAGAAGGGCGCCAUCUCCACGGACACGGUGGGCACCAUACUGAGGAUGAUGGGGCAGACGGUCAGCAGGUCUAUACUGGACCAGGUCAUCAGCGAGGUGGACGUGGACGGGUCGGGCGAGCUGGAGUUCAACGAGUUCGUACUGCUGGCGACCAAGUUCAUGAACGAGGAUGAUGAAGAAGAACUUAAAAAGGAACUUAAGGAAGCAUUCAGACUGUACGACAAGAAGAGCCAAGGCUUCAUCCCCACCAGUGUGCUGCGCGAGAUUCUGAAAGAGCUGGACAACAAACUGAGCAACGAGGAGCUGGACGGCAUCAUUGACGAGAUCGAUCAGGACGGCUCCGGCACUGUGGACUUCGAUGAAUUCCUGGACAUGAUGAUGGGCUAAAGGGGGAGUCGAGGCCGCUCACCCCUUCAAGCACCUCCCCUCAACACGACCUUAAUGUUACAUCACGACCCGCCACCCAGACAGCGGGCGCUACUCCCAUGCACGUCCCCUGGAGGCAGCCCCGCCCACCAGCCCCCCCGCCCCGCCCAGCUUGCACGCCCCAGGCCAACACAGUCCCUCCUACUCUUACUGAUGAAGCCAAGAUAAGAAAACAACAGGAACAAGACCACCACUGUGAAUAAUAAUAAUAAUAAUAAUAAUAAUAAUAAUAAUAAUAAUAAUAAUAAUAAUAAUAAUGAUAAUAAUAAUAAUUAAGCUACAAUGACAAGUAUGCUAGUAUUUCCUUAAGAAAAUUCUAGUUCUAAGCUAUUGAUUCGGCCCCUCCCUUCCCCUUCCUUUCCUUUCACCUUCCUUCACUCAAGAAAAUUAAUGGCGUGUAUUUUAUAGAGGAGGAAAAACGAUAAAAUGUUGACGUUCAAAUAUUCUCUUUCUCUUCCAACCCACCACCACCACCACCACCACCUGUCUAUCUUUCGUUCUCACGCUCCAAGUGGUUAAGUAAAUCAUGUAAGAAUCUUAGUUUCCGGUAUAUUUUCUUUACACACUUGCAUUAGAGUGAGUCAAAUUACCACUCCUCCUUUUAUAAGCCUCUUGUAACAUUUUCCUACUUCUGGCAUAACUUUCUCUUUCUCCUCUUCCUCCUCCUUUAUUACUUCGUUCAUAACACGUUCCUUCCCCUUUUCCACUUUUUUUCAUUACUCAUUCAUCCCCCUCUUGUUUUUUUUCUUUCUUUCUUCCUUUUCACAACCUUUUUCUCCUCCUCCUCCUCCUCCUCCUCCUUUCCCAUUCCUACUUCUUUCAUAACCUUUCUCUCCUCCUCCUCCACCUCUUCCAUUUCCUCUGCCUCUUUCAUAACCUUCUCCUCCUCCUCCUUCACGUGGUAAAAGAUCAAGCGAGGGUCGGAGAAAUGACGUCAAAUCCUCAACUUAUCCUUUAAAAAUACACCCUUUACCCUCAACACCACCACCACCACCACCACCACCACCCGCGUAUUUUUAGCAACUAUUUUAAUAUCCGGGGCCACUUCCCUUCAAAUCAGACUAAAAAAUAUGAAAAAAACGUAAAGAUCACAAAAAAAUGUCCCUCAGUAUAUUUAGCUUUGAUUUUUUUCUUCUUUUUUUUUUCUUGUAAUGUUGUGGGGCGUCAUUACUGCCAAGGCCGCAAGUCAUGCAAAGGUUCGUUUAAGUUUUAAGUCUGUAAUAUCACGAGGUUUUUACUCUUUCGCUGCGAUAUGUAAAAGUCCAUCCAGUCAAAAGCACGUCAAAUCUUCAAAGCACCAAGGAAACGAAAGAAAAUAAAAAUAUAAGUAGAUUUCCCACUAUCCAACCUGUAUAAUCUUUUAAGGUGGCUGUAGAAACAAAAUAAACGUCUCAAGAGUGUUUAGUGAUUAAAGAACGUGCCAAAUAGCAGUGCAGAAGUUAAGGUUCAGAUACACUCACUGAAGCACUGGGUCCGCUUUCUCAACUCUCAACCGCCUCUGCGUCUUAUUUCGACUCUCUUAACAGGAUGGAGUGGAAGUUACUAUGAUUUUCAAGGGAGCUUUCAUGAUUCUAGUAAUACUUCAUGGGGUCUUAUCUAUAAGUGAAAUAAACACGUCCUAUGAGAACCCAAGUAAUAAUAUUCGUGGCUUUUGAAAUACAGUCCUUCUGAUAGCACAAAAUGUUUAGAUGCAGCUGUACUUCCAUUAAGAGUAAGGCAGACGUGAGUAGGCCUAAUCUUGACUUAACCCUUUCGCUGCUACUUGACAUGUUUCCUUCAUCACAAACUUCUCUAAAGCAUUUUUUUUUCUACAUCCACCUCUGAGCAUAAUACUGGCUUGACAUUGGAUCAUCUGCUGCUUUCAUCGUCUUUUCUUCCUUGUUGAUGCUCUGAGAGAUUUAAUACAUUGCGUUCUGUGUUGUGAAAGAGUUAAUUACGGCGCUAUGACUCCUUUGCUGCGGAACAUUCAAGUCAGUCAGUCAGUCAGUCAGUCAGUCAGUCAAGCAACCACCUCUUUAUUUUGAUCUGACAUCCCAACACUAAUGCUAAUGGCUGCUAGUGACUCACUCCCACACUAGUGAACAUCUGCACCACCACCACCACCACCACCACCAGUAGAGAGACUCCCUAUCUUCCCUGCCUACCUACUGUACACCUGUUUACCUGCCAGAAUACCUUUGACUAUAAUUAUUCUUUUUUUUCUAUCGUGUCUACCUGCCUGGUUUUUAAUUUUCUAUUUGCGUUUUGAGUUAUCCAAAUAUCUCACUCUCUCUCUCUCUCUCUCUCUCUCUCUCUCUCUCUCUCUCUCUCUCUCUCUCUCUCUCUCUCGUGUUGUCAUGUCAAGAGUUAUGGGAAUUCGUGUUAAAAAUUCUUUUAAGAAAAUAAAGAAAAAUAUCUGA